UGAUAUAAUAAUGAAUUCUAAGUUUAGGAUGAAGAAAUCUCUCCUUCCAGUGAAAAUUUUGAGUAGUUCCGAGAGGCAAAUGUACGGACAGGAAGAGCUCGAGAAGCUUUUAGAGCAGCAUUUUGGUCAUUCAAAGUUUAGAGGAAAGCAGUUGGAAGCCAUUCAAACGGUUCUAUCAGGAAGGGAUUGUUUCUGUCUCAUGCCGACUGGAGGAGGAAAAUCAAUGUGCUAUCAGAUUCCUGCACUGGCAAAGCCGGGAAUUGUGCUUGUGGUCUCUCCUUUAAUUGCACUAAUGGAAAACCAGGUUACUACAUUGAAGAAAAGAAGGAUUUCUGCUGAAUUUUUGUCUUCAACUCAAACUGCUCGCACCAAAGAGAAGAUCCAUGAAGACCUCAACUCUGGAAAACCUUCUGUUAAGUUGUUGUAUGUCACACCUGAGUUGGUUGCAACAAAAGGGUUCGCGACUACACUAAGAAAGCUUUACAAUAGAGGCUUGCUGAGUCUAAUUGCCAUUGAUGAGGCACAUUGUAUUUCAACAUGGGGCCAUGAUUUCAGACCCAGCUACCGCAAACUAUCAUCUUUGAGGAGUCAACUUCAGAAUGUGCCGAUACUGGCAUUGACAGCUACAGCUGUUCCCAAAGUUGAAAAGGAUGUAAUAGAAUCAUUGAACCUGCACCAACCUAAAAUCCUCAGAGCAUCAUUUAAUCGUGCUAAUAUAUUUUAUGAAGUUAGGUAUAAAGACCUUGUGAAAAAUGUUUAUGAUGAUCUUUCAAGUCUUCUCAAAUCUAGCGGGAAUAUAUGCUCAAUUGUUUACUGUCUUGAACGUUCUACUUGCAAUGACCUAUCUGUUCAUCUGUCAAAAAAUGGUAUCUCUUCAGCCGCCUACCAUGCAGGAUUGAAUAACAAAAUGCGAAGUGAAGUUCUAGAUGAUUGGCUUUCUUGUAAAAUACAGGUUGUCGUGGCAACAGUGGCAUUCGGGAUGGGAAUUGACAGAAAGGAUGUGCGCAUUGUAUGUCAUUUUAAUAUCCCAAAAUCAAUGGAAGCGUUCUAUCAAGAGUCCGGAAGAGCUGGUCGUGAUCAGUUACCUUCAAGGAGUGUUCUCUACUAUGGCUUGGAUGACCGAAAAAGAAUGGAGUUCAUUUUGGGUACUGCUGUCAGCAAGAAAUCACAAUCUUCAAGUUCCUCAAAUAGUUUGUCAAAGAAAUCUCUAGCAGACUUCAAACAGAUGGUGGACUAUUGUGAAGGCUUUGGUUGCCGUCGGAAAAAGAUACUUGAAAAUUUUGGAGAACAGGUUUCUGCAUCAUUUUGUCAAAAAACAUGCGAUGCAUGCAAGCAUCCAAAUAUGGUAUCAGCGCGACUAGAAGAACUUAAUAGAGUCCCGAGAUUUGACAAGAAGGAUGGACUUGCUCCAGUAUUUAUUAAAAGCGCAUCGGUUGCCUCUUACGAUGGCUUGGACUGCGAAUUUUGGAAUCGAGACGAUGAGGCAAGUGAUUCCGAUGAAGAUAUAUCAAGUACUGAUGAUGAAGCAGAUGCAAUAAACAGUCUGGCUAGAUCAAAAUUGUCAUCUAAAGCAGGAUUUGAUGAGAAAUUUGAAGCUUUGCAGCAAGCAGAGGAGGCUUAUUAUCAAGAUCAACUCCCGAAGAAGAGCAAAGGCCUUUCUGACAAGAAAAUCAUAUCUGACACAUUAAGAGAAGCAAGCAAGAAGAGGUUGUUGACUGCUCUGAAUCAGGCCCAAGAACGGCUUGGAGAACAACUAACGGCUACUAGUACAUGGCCUAAUAUCGAGACAUCCAGUACCUUCCUGGAAACAGAAUGCUUCAAGCGAUACGAGAAAGUUGGCAAAACAUUCUACAACUCUCAGGUUGCUGCCACACUUAGGUGGCUAUCUUCUUCAAAUUAUGAGCAAAUAUGUGACCGGCUUAAUGCCAACACUUCUCCAGAUAUUGCCAAGAACAUCGAGAACAUUCAUACAAAUGCAAUAAUCUCGUCACCCCCAGAAAAACCUUCUUAUUCUGAAGUUCCAGAAUCAGAAAUAAACAGGGAAAGAAACACUGACAAUGUUGGAGUAUCUGGGCUUUGUGAUUCACUCCAGCAUAGAGGCUAUUUUGUUUAUACAACUGAAGCGGUCAAUUCACUCAUCGCAUCUGUAACUGCAAUUAUUUCUUGGACAAUUUUUGUUCUUAUUCUCAAUUUAGACUAA